GCCCAGAAGAAGCAAGAAGUUUCUAGGCCUGCUUGUUGCCGGGUUUAUUAAGCUUCCGGCUCCAUUCUGGACCCCAGCGGCUCUGGCUGAGAGCCUGGACGGCCUGGGCGGACGGAGGCUGGCUGAUCUCCGCUCAGCAGCCACCAUGGCUGAUGGUCAGAUGCCCUUCCCCUGCCCUUAUGGAAGUCGCCUGCGCCGGGACCCCUUCCGAGACUCAUCUCUGUCCUCUCGCCUGCUGGACGAUGGCUUUGGCAUGGACCCCUUCCCCGACGACUUGACUGCCCCUUGGCCUGACUGGGCCCUGCCUCGCAUCUCCUCUGCCUGGCCGGGCACCCUGAGGUCAGGGAUGGUGCACCGGGGGCCCACUUCCGGGGGCAGGUUUAGGGUACCUGCCGAGGGCAGGAGCCCCCCUCCCUUCCCUGGGGAGCCCUGGAAAGUGUGUGUCAACGUGCACAGCUUUAAGCCGGAGGAGCUGAUGGUAAAAACGAAGGAUGGAUACGUGGAGGUGUCUGGUAAACAUGAAGAGAAGCAGCAAGAAGGCGGCAUCGUUUCCAAGAACUUCACAAAGAAAAUCCAGCUUCCUGCAGAGGUGGAUCCUGCGACCGUAUUCGCCUCACUUUCCCCAGAAGGCCUGCUGAUCAUCGAAGCUCCCCAGGUCCCCCCUUACUCACCAUUUGGAGAGAGCAGUUUCAACAAUGAGCUUCCCCAAGACAACCAGGAAGUCACUUGUACCUGAGACCUCAGUCUUGGUCCUUUCUUGUUCCCUCCUCAACCCCAGGGCGUCUCUGAUUCCAGACUACAUUACUUUAGCUGAAUUCAUAGAUUUAGUGUGACUAAAAUUUGGGGGGGUCAGGGUGUAUUGACCAGAUUCCCUGGAUAGUGUACUACUAGUUUUUUUUUUCUGCAAGAUGGAGCAAUUGGCAGGUCAGGCUCUGUUGCACUAGGCCAAAAUGCUGAGAGUUUACCUUUUCUAUUGUGAUGAAAAUGCUGCAGAUUCUAUAGUUGCCAAACAGAUAAAAGGGGACAUAACAUUUCACAUUGUAUCUUACCUUGCAGCUAAUGCAAGAGUUGCUUUUCUCUGGGGACCUCCCCAUCACCCAGAUUCCCAUGCUGGGCUCGCAAUGUCCAUGCCUGUUCCGUGGUUUGGUUGAUGGAGCCCAGUAGCUCACUCCAUUGUGUUUUUGCAGCCCUGGUUUACAGAGGGCUAUAGACAGGUCUUACAUCCCCACGUGGGAUUGAUCCAAAAGCCACAUGAAAACAAACAGUGCCUUCUGCCCUACACCCAGGCAUUUAUAGCACGUUCCCAAGCUGGCACUCCCCGAGGACUCUGGAAGCCCCUUAGUUUAUUCUCUGACUAUAGUCCCCCCUUUCUCAUGUCUCCUAUGUCCAAGUCGGGAUUUUUACAGAGGGGGCUGUCACCAGACAGCUCCACCAGGAACCAAGCAAAGGCCAGACAGCCUGGCAGGCAGACUAGUGGUAUUAUGUAUAUGGGUGGGACGUGUGUGUCAUUGUUAUUUGAAUUGUGCUGUUGUUUAGGAAAAAAUAAUAGUUAAUAAUAAUAAUAAUAAUAACAACAACAACAACAACAACAAUAAAGGAGCUGAUGUUCUUA